CAAGAACAUUCUUCAACUUCAUAGCUGAGCUUUGGAACAGCCACACAGAGAAGUUUCUUGACAAAGCAGCAACAAAUAUUGAAUCAGCCCUUACAAACUACUUAGAGCCAAGUCAGUUGUCACUGAAAAUUGCUAAGAAACUAAUGGUGCAUGGAAUGACUGAAGUAACUGAAUACCCUAAUGCUUUGACAACUGUUCAAGUUGUGUUUGAGAGAUUAGAGCAAAUGUUACAGAUAAGACGGCAAAUUGAGGACUAUUCACUAAAAGAAAAAAUAGAAAAGAAAAUUAUCCAACUACUGAAAGUACUGUCCGUUGUACAAGGAAAUCAUCCGGUAUGCUUCAUCCAGUUUAUUCAGCGUGCCCUAGAGUUCACAAGCACAUACUUGUUCACACAGGCAGCAGACAAUCUACACUUUGAGCGUUUUAUCAUUGAAUGUAUGAACAUUAUGAAAGCUAUAGUCACAUGCGAUGAAUACAAAGUUGUUAAGCUGAUUGCGGAGAAAGCUGAACCAAGUCGAAUACAAGCUGCUAAGAUCAAGGAGGACUUCUUUACUGAGUCAGUACUCACGGAAAUGGGCAAGCGUUUACUAACAUCCUAUUUCUUGUUGACACCGGAAGAUCUGCACAAUUGGGAAAAUGACCCAGAAGAUUUUACAGCAGAUGAAGUUGGUGAAUCUUGGAAAUAUGGUUUAAGGCCUUGCACUGAGAAACUGUUUCUUGCAUUGUUCCAUGCAUAUGAAUCAAUGACCCCAUUGCUGCUGCAACUUGUACAGUCAGUCCAAGGAGAGACAGAUGUUGAAAAUAUGACAAGUAUUUUACAGAAAGAAGCCGUAUAUAAUGCAGUUGGCUUGUCAGCAUUUGAACUAUACGAUGAAGUAGAUUUUGAUCAAUGGUUUUGCAAUCAUCUUCUGAAAGAACUUCAAGUCAAGCAUCCUAGGUACAAGAUAAUACGACGAAGAGUAAUAUGUGUAAUAGGACAGUGGUUGGAUGUUAAACUUUCCCCCAGCCUUCACCCACUAGUGUAUCAAGCUGUCUUGCCAUUGCUAUCCCCUGAAGAGGACCUUGUAGUUAGGAUCACAGCUGCCAAGACACUGAAGAUUGCUAUUGAUGAUUUUGAAUUCAGAUCUGAGAACUUUGAGCCAUAUCUAGAGUCCAGUUUUUCCUUGCUUUUUCAACUCCUACAGCAAGUAUCAGAGUGUGACACAAAGAUGCAUAUAUUACACGUUUUGUCAUUUGUCAUUGAGAGAUCUGGAACGUGUGUACAGCCACAUGUGUCUCACUUGGUCCAGUACUUACCUUUACUUUGGGAAGAAUCCAGUGAACAUGACAUGCUAAGGUGUGCCAUCCUUUCCACCCUCGUUCACCUUGUCCAGAGCCUUGGAUCCUUGAGUGUCAAUCUAUACCCAUUCCUGAUACCAAUCAUUAAGUUUAGCACAGAUCUUAACCAGCCCCCUCAUGUCUAUUUGCUGGAUGAUGGCAUUGAGUUGUGGCAAGAGAUGCUUAAGUGUGCACCUUCACUUACACCGGAGAUGCUUCACCUGUUUAAUAACAUGCCUGCUUUAUUAGAACUUGGAACUGAAAAUUUGAAGAAAUGUUUUAUGAUCACAACGUCUUAUCUUCUACUUAAUCCUGAGGAAUUCCUCACGGCUUUUUCGCAUAUCAUUUUCCAAGGAUGUGCUAAUCUGAUACAUGAGUUGAAACCUGAGGGCAUAGUUAUAAUUGUUAAGCUAAUUGAAACAGUUUUCAAACUGUUUCCCAUUCGAGGACCAGAAAUAUUCCGACCAUUGCUGCCAAUAAUCCUAGAGGAGAUUCUAGAGAAAGAGGCCUAUCCCAUUCUGAUGUCAAUAUACUUAUCAUUAAUUGCUAGGUUAAUCCUUAAAAAUCAGACCUUUUUCUUCAGUUUAUUGGAGGAAGUUGGAAACAUGUGGACGCAGCAGCCUGAGGACAUUUUGGAACAGCUGUUGCGUUUUUGGUGCGAGUACAUGGUGAAGAUAACGCAGCUUGAGAGACGUAAGCUGUCUGCACUAGCCUUCGGUGCACUAUUGCCAUGUAAAUCAAGAGCUGUUGUCACAAUGUUUCCCGAUCUCUUUUAUCCACUUGUUGAAGUAUUUCAUGAUGUCAUGCGUGAGGAUAAUGGGGCUCAAUUUGAUUACCUGAUUAUGGGGGAUAGGGAAGAACUGGAUGACGACUAUGAAACAGAACAUGACAAGAGAAAACGACAGCUGUCACUACAAGAUCCUGUCUUCAACACACCACUACAUGAAUUCACUAAAGCACAACUAAUGGUUUGCGAGCAAGUGUAUGGGGCAGAGGAGUUCCAUUCACUAAUAGGCAGCAUAGAUAAAGAAAUCAGACAACAGCUGGAGGAAUUCUUGAAGUGAUGCACUGCAUUGUGGGUAUUCAUGGAAAACAUUAACCUAUGUGAUACAGGUCACCUGUAACCAUAGUAAUACUGUACUGUGUUCGCAUGUUACCAUGAUGGUGAUAUAUGUAACCAUGGUAAUAUUCUGCUGCUAACUCAUGCAAAAUAUUCAUUUUGGUAUUUUUUAAUCAAUUGAUUGAAGCUGUUUGCCUCCCUUCUGAUAAAGAUUACUUAUUGAAGAUGGUCAUAUAUGACAAUAAACACUGUAAUAUGGAAAUAGGGAGUCCCAUAUAUGUUAAAGAUAAGUGACAUAUGAAAAAGCAGAAGAAUUUCAUUUAUGUCAGCUGUGGUAAAGCGAUCUGGGUGCCAUUUAUGACGAAGAACUAUGAGUACCAUAUAUGGACAUUAAUAUAACUAGAAUUCUUGAUUAUAUGUCUGUUCUGAUGGAUAGACUUGCAUAUGUGCAUACAUUAAUUCUUAUAGAAAUGUAAGUUUAAAAUUCUACUAACAUACAAUUAUUGUAUUAUUUUAUCUACCAUUAUAUUAUGUUAUGUUAAUGGACAUAUUAAAGAAAAAUAUUGUGAUUAAAAUAUAGAUUGAUUUUAUAUAAUGCCUUGUGAAUAUAUUACAUGCCAAAAAUACCUUAGAAAUGGACUAUAAGCACUAAAGCUUUGUCUACACUAUCAAAUUUAAUGUGACAAAAAAACGUGAUGUGCCCAUAUAUGGGUAUGAUGAUGUCAUAUCACACAAAUUGUAUUAAAAAAAAGUUGAACGUGUUCAACUCUAUGUUCUAUUAAAUUUUAUGUGACGCUCUUUUUGAUGAUAUUUGAUAGUGUAGACAAAGCUUAAGACUGUAUGUAAAACAAAGUUGACAAAACCAUGUAGGUUUGCUAUGCCUUUAAAAGGUGUAGUAAUAUUAUUUUCUAUGUUGCCUUUAAUUUUUGGAUCGUUGCAGAAGUUGGUUGGAAUAUGUCUAAUCAUGGUCUAAUAUUUAUAUAUAAAUAAAACGUCUUGCUGUCAAUAUUAUUUUAAUUUUUUCAUGUUACAAAGCUGGAAAGCCAAAUAUUAUAGGAGUGAAAUUUAUCAUGUAAAACCAAAGCACGGAGCACAUGCAAAGGGGCGAUACACACAACUGCGUGUGGGGAGUAUUGCAAUGUGGUUUCACUUAAUUGUGCAGGCCUACUAGCUUUGCUUGGCAGUUGUACACAGGGUUUAGGGACAGAAGGAACUACGAUGAGUUAAGGGAUCAUCAUAUUCUACCUUCCCCAAUUACCCAGAACCGUAUAUUAUUAUUAUUCUAGAAUCAGUACAAUAUUGUUUUUUCAAUGAGAAAAUCCAGAAGUAUACAUAUAAACAUUGCAGAAAGCUAUAAUAACCAUGCGACAUAAUGUUCCAAUAUUUUGUGUAGUUUACCCAGGGUCUGCAAUUAACUUACUAUAGUAUUUAUGUAUUUUAAAUGUUUAUACAUGCCCUUGGCCUUGCAUGUGCAGGAUAUCUAGGCCUAUGCAUUUUACAUUUAAACAGGGAGGUGCAAAUAUAAUACUGUAGUUCUGUUGUAUCGUGUAGCACCUAACAUAUUUAACAUAUUUUUUUACUAACUGGGCAUUGUAAUUCGUUGAAAGGGUUGAAAUAUUAAAAUAUAUUCAAUUUUUUUUCUGAAA